AUGUGGAUCGGCGCCAAAGGUUUGCUCGUCUUCAACCUGGCGGUUAUCGGAGCGGCGGUCCUCUGGCAGCACUUUGGACGUCGUCGACUGCACACCACCCUCCCGGAGUCCAAGUACGACUACAUCAUCGUGGGCGCCGGAACUGCGGGCUGCGUGCUCGCCCGACGGCUGCUGGAUCAGGCCGACCGGGACGGCGGCGACGCUCCGAGUGUGCUCCUGCUGGAGGCCGGGCACGGCGAGGCACCCUGGUACGCCUCCGUGCCCUUGGCCGCCGUCGCUCUGCAGGCCAGCGACAUCGACUGGCAGUUCCUCACCGUGCCACAGAAGGACGCCUUGCACAGCUACCGCGAGCAGAGGAUGCCGUGGCCACGGGGCAAGGCUCUCGGGGGUAGCUCCAACCUGUACUGCCUCAUCCACUCGAGGGCGACGCCCAAGGACUGGCAGGACUGGAGGGAACGGUGCAAGACCUGCGACUUCUCAGAUCAUCUGGUGGAUGCCAUAUACAGCAAGCUCGAAUUUCACCCUGAACAGAAUCGCGAAGCGCCAGAUGCGCAGAUUCCCGUGUCUCGGUUGAGUUGCAGCUCCUCACAGCUGUGCUCCUCAUUUAGGGAUGCGGCUAUACAACUCGGAGUAUACAGCCACCGAACCGGGGACCACGACAACCUUCUCCUUCAAAACAACAUUUACAAAGGGAAGAGAUGGACCAGUUACGACACCUACGUGAAGCCCGUACUAACGCACCCGGGUCUGCGAAUCUUCACGGGAGUUCAAGUAACCAAGGUCCUCUUCGACGGAGUCACAGCUGUGGGAGUCGAGAUGGUGACUUCGGAGCAUCAGACGCACCUUGUGACUGCGAAACGUGACGUCAUCUUGUCUGCUGGUGCCAUUGGUUCUCCUCACCUACUCAUGCUAUCUGGCGUUGGGCCUAAAGACGAGCUCGCCCGGCUCUCGAUCCCGGUUGUAAGCGAGGUUGAAUGGGUCGGCAAAAACCUCCAGGACCAAGUGGCGGUGCCCAUGUACUUCAACAUGCGCGCUCCCAUCAGCAUCAACGAGUACAAAGUCAAGAGCGUACGCCAACUCUGGAACUAUCUGUGGGGCGAAGGUCUUUUAGCAUCCAGUGGAGUAGAGGCCGCCCUUAGGACCGAAGGACAUGACCGGGCCUCGGAAGCACUCUUCAUGCUCAUUAAUAUCGGCUCCGUAAAUGAAGACAUCUUCCUGAAAGUAUCGAAUCAAUAUCUAGAGGAUUUCAGAGCCUCCUAUCCAGAUACGAAGAACACUUCCAAGGAAGGAUUCGUGAUGCUCGUGUCGUGCCUUCACCCGAAGUCGACGGGGCACGUGACUCUUAGCACCAACCGUGUAGCCGAUCCACCCAGAAUCGAUCCCAAGUACUUCACUCAUCCGCACGACCUGGAAUGUACCGUAAACGCGAUGAAGACUGCGUCGCGGUUGGCGUCCACAGCACCGCUUGCCAAGCUGGGAGUUUCGCUGCACAUGCCCAAGUACCGCUACUGCACAAGCUACGAGCCCUCCAUGGAGAACACGGAGUACCUCCAGUGCUGGGCCCGGGCGGCAGCCAUGACGAUCGGUCAUCCAAUGGGAACGGUGGCCAUGGGAGACCUCUCGGAUGAGUCCUCAGUCGUCGAUGCCGAGUUCAGAGUGAAAGGCACGCAGAACCUGAGGGUGGUGGAUGCAUCUGUGAUACCGUCUCAACUGUCAAGCACUCCGCACGCCACGGUCCUCCUGCUCGCCGAGAAGGCAGCUCAAAUAAUUGGACGUGCGUAACAGAUACAGGGCCCGAAUAAAAACGGACGGCACCUCCACAACCGAGGCCCGAUAGCCUUCUCAGGACUCCUCCCACAUUCCCGAGUAAGAGCUGUGCAAUGAGGUCAAGAAGUGUAACUGUGUAAUGAGAGCAUUGGUGUUUCCUUCCUUCUGGAGAGCUCGACCCCCUCCGUUUUCAAUCCACCUGAGCUUUAUUCGGGCUCGCUCGAUACAGGGCUGAUGAAUACACUUUAAUAAAGACACUAUACGCGUA